AUGUAUCAAAACAAAGUGUCUCGACCACCCGAGAGGCGCAUUCGGAGGGCAGCUGCGGCUUGCUAUCACUGUCACUGGCGUAAAGUACGAUGCGAUGCAGCACUUACCGGAUUUCCCUGCACAAACUGCAAGCUGGAUGAAAGGGACGAUUGUACUUUGCGCCCUAACACCACUGCACGCUUCAAAAAACUUCAAAAAGACGAUGGCGAAUGCUCGCCUCCAAAAUCGACAGGAGCGGAAGGCCACCAGCGUGUGACUCCCCCGGCAUCCAGUGAGAACGAGUCGACUCCUCAAGCCGAGACUCUGCUGCAGGACUUGGGCUAUCCUGAUAUGCCGGCGCAGGUGGGAACAGAUCUACCCCUUGAAAUGCCCCAUUCAGCCAACCUGCCUGGUCCCUUUAGCGUGGACCCAUCUCAAAUGAUGUUAGGUAAUGCUGGCUUUGCCGUUCCUGGACAGAACUUCCUGGACUUAGAGGGUUUAUCUACUCUCCCAAUGAGUGAAGUACAUAUUUUGGCAACAAAUGGCUGUCUGGAGAUACCACCGAAGCCUGCCAUCGAUGUGUUCCUUGGAAAGUACUUCUUACUUUUGCACCCCUGCCUUCCCAUAUUGGAUGAGUCGCAGUUCUGGAAUAUAUACCUCCAGUCUAACGACAGUCCAAUUGGUUCACCAAAAAUUUCUCUUUUCGUGUUUCAAGCAAUGCUACUUGCUAGCUGUGCGGUCCUGUAUGACACAGGCUUCGAAAAUGAUCCCUUAGCCAGGGCUCAAGGUUCUAUGCUGCUUACAUUUCACACCACGGCGGAAGACCCGCAGGCAACAAUGACAUGGAAUCUAUGUGCGAUUCAAAACGCCAUGAUGUUGCGAAUCGAUACAAAUAUUCUAGAUAACGACCCAAAGAAUGUUUCCAAAAAGCGGCUGUGGUGGUCCGUCUUUGUGCGCGACAGAAUAUUGUGGCUCGGACGGCAUCGUCGGCCUCAGUUUAUUUCAGCUAAUUUCACUCCAAGAAUUGGCUAUUUGGAGGAAGAGGACUUUUCGGAUGAGAUCAUGUUUUCUGCAGUAUAUGAGCCCAAGACUAAGCGCGAGUCUUUGAAGAUAUUCCAAGCGCAAUGUCGACUGGCAAUUAUUUUGACAGACGUCAUAUCGAUCGCUUUCUCAUCAUCAGACGGUUUUGUUCCAUGCCUGCCGUCCGAAGAACUUCAUGCAAGUCUCGAUAGGAUUCAAACAAUAAAGAGCAACCUUGCGCGGUGGAAGAAAGAGUUCCAAACGUCUUUGCAUCCAACGGACCUCUCGCAGCAAGAGACCAUUGAUGUACUCACUCAUCUGACAAUGAUGCAUUACCAGACCGCCCGCAUGGCGCUCGCUCAUCAUGAAACUCUCCUUCUCGAAACGCAUCGUGAGCUUCUACGGGACAAGUCUGCUACGAUGCUCUUAGCUAUAGCAAAAGAGCUGCAGAGUUCCGUGUCUCAAAUGACCCAAACAAUGGCAUAUUUUGCCUCCAAGGACUACACAGAAAACAUCCCACUGAGUGUAUUAGCGUAUUGCGGGACUCCCAUGGUCCUAGCAGCGAUAGAUGUCAAAUUGUCGUCCUCGUAUUCGGAGAUGCUCGAACGAGGGCGCGCACUCGACCACUGCUCAGGAGUCGUCACUCAAUCUCGAAAAGCGUACGACGUGACAGACUUCUUUUCUGAGGGCACAAAUGAGAUACUGAACCUUGCGUAUACAAUCACGAAGAAUCUCUUUCUCGAAAAUGGAGCGCCACAGAAUGCGACAUCGACGAACCAAGACCCUGGAUGCUUAGGUUCUCACUCUACAGGUGACGAAAAUCAACAUGGCGGAACGGUUCCUUCCUUCAAACGACUGAAAAUCAAGGGCUGGAUUGAGGCCUUUCUGAAGUACCCCCGAGCUUACCUCUUACUAUCAACGUGUAUUGAUCAGAGCUUGGCGAGCGGCCGACUGCCACGAGCCGAGUCGCUUCCGCCUCUGGUGCAGGGGACAAUAUCCAUGAUCCUGGGAUUGCCUAAGCUGCCAUGGACUAUUGAGACGCCCAAGGACUUGAUUGACGACCGGGUAGAGACGGCAGUCGAAAAAUAUAACAAACUUCGGAACAACAGUGCUCCAAAUGCACAAGACCCUUGUCUCAAUGACGCCUGGUACUGGACACUGUUAAGCAGUCUCACUGGGGGGCCUGACAAUUCUGGGGUCCCAGGGAUAAAUGAAAACGUGAUUGGUACAAGUGCAGAGUUUUGGGCCGGUGGCAGUGGAAACUCCCCAGACAUCAGCCGAGAUCGGGCUUGA